GUGUUCAGCUUCAGAUUGAAUUGAAAUCCCAUUAAAAAAAUUGCAGGGGAAAAUUCAAAUGUAAAUGUUUACUUUCUCAAAUUGAUUUGACUUUGCUUUCCAAAUCGUCUAAAGAAACGAAUUCCAAAACCCCCUACAUAUUUUAUGCUGCUCAAACCACCGAAUCACUUUCAAGUCUAUACCAAGUUCAUGGAUUCCCAACUUCAUAGGAUAUAUUACAGAUGAGAUCUGCAAAGUUGGGUUCGAGUCUUCGACGACGCUACCUCCCGAGGUCUGAGCUGCUGUAUCUUCCAUUGAUGUUUCCCCUUCCCACACUCCAACUUCAUCUCCAUCUCUCUCCCAUGUCGUCAUGUCUCCAUGUGACACAUUCUCGGGCCCUGAGCUUCGGCUUUCACUCCCCCAGAUUCUUCGCUCUCUCUCUCUCUCGAAGUCAAGUCUUCAUACAUCGGCCACUAAACCCUCCACGUUUGCUGUCUCCUAUUGCCAAUCGAAUGCCUGUGAGUUGAAUUCCUUUCUAUUUUUCUUUCUUCUAUAUCCUGAUUCGGUUCUCUAGAUCCGAUAGUGAGAUGAUGACUUCGCAAACGCUAUUUCUAUUGUUUCCUAUCUCAAACCCUUGUUCGUUCUCUGCAGGAUGUUCUUUCUGAAACACAAUCCCAUUCCUGUAAACAAGAAUGGGAUGCACUUCUUCCAUCCCCGAGAUCUACGCAUUCGGGAAGAGGAAGAAGAAGCUCAACAUACAGGAAGUCGUCGUGUUCGUUCCUGCAAUGCGGGUUCCUGUAGAGGUGGAUCUCCACAGGUAUUUUAAAGGUCUAUACCCCGGAUAUCUCAUCGAAAGGCUUUCCGCACUCCGCCGUCAGAUAGUCUUCAUCGCCAACGACACUGCUGGAUCAGCUGUUCCCCAAUUAAAGCAAGUUCUGGAGGAGUAUUUGCCCCUUCUGCUUGGCUUGACUAGGAAAGAACGGGAAGGUUUCGCCGAAUUCAGGUGGACAAGUCUAGAUGAUGCAGGGGAAGACACCUGUUUGGGAAGCUCUUGGUUUGAACUACUAUCUGUCCUCCACAUGAUGGCUAUUCUCUCACUUUCAGAGGCCAACUUAUUGCUUAUUCCUAAGGGUCAAAUGGAUGCUUUGGCAAGGAAUGUAUCAGAAGACUGCAAGAAGGACGCCAUAGAUUUAUUGUUGAAUGCAUCAGGGUACUUGGAAUUCUGCAUUCGAGAUAUCUUGCCUCACCUGCACCCGGAUGUUAAGCAAAGACUGUCAAGAGACUUGCAGGGCAAUGUCUUGGAGGCUAUUUCCGUCGAAGCUUUGGGUCAGGCAACUGAAAUGCAGCUUGGCUUAGCUGUUGAAAGUCAAAAGGCCACUUUGUCUGUAAAGAGGAGGUUAGCAUGUGAGCAGAUGAGUUAUUUUGCCCAGGCUCACAACCUCCUGUCAGGAUGUGAUGUUACUCAUGGAUAUGGAAAGAAGCAUUUGUUGUUCAUAAAAUGGAAAUACAUAGAAGGAAAGGCAGCAGCUUACUACUACCAUGGUCUGAUCCUGGACAAGGGUAAUGAGCCAUCCAGUCACAUUGGUGCCGUCUGCUGUUUUCUUGCCGCAGAAGAACUUCUUACUGAUAGCAAGAAAGCCUGCUUAAGCUUCUGCCUUGCAGCACCUGUAACCAGGUCUCCACCAGUAUGGGGUGUUAUGAAGCAUUUACACCUGAAAGUUCCUGAAGUUGCAUCCAGGAAGUAUCAAAUGUAUGGAUACCUUUUGGAUCAAGAGAAGGCUCUCCAAACACUGCCUGAUCUUCCUGAUUUCCCGGUAUCAUUGAGACCUGAUGACUACAGUUUGCCAGAAGUGGAUCCCGCUUGGGAUGUUGAAAGAUGGGAACUCCAGGCUCACACGCUUAAGGAGCAUCUCAAAGAUUGUGAAUUUGAGAUGGAACCUGAAUAAACUGUACGCCCUCCUUGUUUCUGUUUUUCUUUAACCCACUUGUGUUUCUGUUUGUGCAUUCAAUUGAAUGCUUUGUGGGGAGGACUGUAUAUACUUGACGUAAAAUACAGACAUUGUUUUUGAAUGCCAAGCAAUGAUUGCAUUUCUUGCUUUUUAUUCA